AUGCCCAACACCGCAGCCUCGACCAGUCCAACCCCGUCCCAGUCUCAGAAGAGAUACGGCGGAGUGCCGCGAAAGCGAAAUGUCACCUCCCGAGACCGGAAUGGGUGCAUUACCUGCCGCAAGCGCCAUCUGCGGUGCGACAAGACGCACCCCAAGUGCAACAACUGCUCCAAGAUGAACCGCGUGUGCGAGGGCUAUGCGAAGAGGAUAUCCUUCUGCGACGAGACCCUCAGCGUCACCCAGAAAGCCCAAGGCAUGCCCUCGGCCAACCCCCGUAUACGACCGACGAAGACGACGCUGGUGGAAACCCGGACCAGUCCGAAGGCCGCCAUCGCUGCCAUCCCGGAGAUAAUUGAAGACGUGUGCGCCCUGCAGGAUCAGACAAUAGAGACGAUAUCGCCGAACAGCGAGGAGCCGGGCAUCUUCGACGGCGAGGAGUGGAUGUUCCAGGAUUGGGAGUUGGCUUCUUGGUCUCCCAUCGACCAAGAAGCCGUCUAUCCCUGCGCCCCGGCGUCAUUGCCUCUCGAUGCCAACUCGUUGUCCGAGCUUAGCAUCCAACUAGACCCGUCCUCGAUCAACCUGGGGCAGAUCCCGACAAUCGCCCAGCCCCUUUCCAUGCACAGCGCCUUGGGUUACCGGUUCAUGUCGUUUCCCCAGGACGAAAAGUACAUCAUGCGACUCCAGAGCAACCAAGUCGAAGGCUUGGAACCGAUCCUGCCAAUCGCCGACGUAUUAAUGGACGAGACAGUGAUGGCUUCGCACUGCUGGAGCGCCGCGCUGGCCGUCUCAGCAAUAACCGCCAGCAAAUUCAGCUCGACCACCGCCGAAUGUAUGAGCCAUGCUUCUCACCACUACAUAAGCGCUAUGCAGAAUCUCCGCAAGGCUUUUCCCCCAGACUCCCUGUCCUCCAUGCAGGUCUCCGGCUGCACCUCCGGCCUCUUGAGCUGGAUCCUGACCCACCUGCUGUUAGCUAACUUCGACCUGUACCGUGGUAAUCUCAGCUCCUGGAGGCGUCACCUGCGCACUUCGGGGAGGAUAUUCAGCAAAUGGCACCAGAGCAUCCUCCACGACCGGCGUGGGCGUCUUUUAGCCAGCACCUUCGCCAGAAUGGCACUCCUCGUGGAGCUGCAGAACAGCGACCUGGCCCUGACGAAGGUCCAGGACAUGAACCCCGGCGUGGCCACCCACCUUGAAUCCAUGAUGGAAGGGUCCGACUCAUCGAGGGACCGCCUCCUAUUGCUGAUACGAGACGUAACCAAGACGGAGCUGAAAUUCCGUCAUCGGCCAGAAUUACAGGAGAAAUGGGCCAGGAAGAUGCAGCUCAUCGACCAGAAGCUCAUGGACUGGCAGAAGAGGCUCCCCGUCUCCGAACUGCCGGUCGACACCGGCAUCGCCGAGUCCGUCAAGUUCGCUGCGGAGCCGGGAUCAACCAUCCCGCCGCUCGAAGUCAGACCGCUCUCGUUCCCCAACGCAACGAACCCCAUCACGUCCGCUGUCAACUACGCCCACUUCCUCUGCUCCCGCAUGCGCGCCAACACGCGCUACAUGCCCAACGGAGCCCAGAGCAGGCCCCCAAAUACAGACUCGACCGUCUUCUUCAUCUGCCGGAUAGCGGCCGGCCUCUCCCCGCGGGGAUGCGCUAAACACAACGCCUUCGGCCACGGCAUUAUGCCCGCCCUUGUCGGGUCGUACCGCUGGAGCUCGGAUCUGCGGAUCCGGCACUGGAUCAACGCCUGGCUCCGCGCAUACGAGGACCAGAGCUGCCGCGAGGGGCUGUGGAACGUCCGGCAGGCGAGGAGGCUUGUCUCGUUCCUGGAGGACGAGAGCCGGCGGCGGACGUUGACGUCGGGCUGCUGGGGAAUAGUCGCGGCUAGGAUCGAGGAUGAGAACGACCCUACCUGCGACGACCUGAGUUCCAUAGAGGAGCCGUACUCCUUUUUCAACGGCAACACCAGCGAGGAUGAAAAGGGAGGGCCGUUCAAGGCGGUGGUACAUUCACGGUGUCCGACGGGUUGGGAAACAGAUCAUUUUAUUAUAGCGUAG